CAUUUUACAAAGCUGUCGCCGAGCGUGAGGGUGUUCCUCUUCUCGUCGGUGUUUAUCUUUACAGUUGCAUAUAGUACGUUUUUUUUAAACGCAUCAAUAUUCAUUUUUAUACGGUUUAUCCCGUCCGGUUCUGUGUGAUAAUGUCUCGUGACCGAGCCCGUAAUCGUGGAGGAUUCCAGCCCAGAGGCCGCGGAGGAAUGGGGAUGCGCGGUGGCAUGGGGAUGGGGAUGGGGAUGGGUAUGGGCAUGGGAAUGGGGAUGGGAAUGGGAAACCAGAACUUUCGAAAUCCAAACCAGCAUCCUUUUCAAAACCGAGGCGCACAAAUGGGUGGUGGAUUUAGGCAAAAUCAGGGAAAUCAACCCAACCAGGUAACUACACCCCAGAAGCCGCAGGAAUCCGCACAGAAUAAACCCAUCGUGCAGUCUCCUCCUGCGCAAGGCCCCGGUCAGGCCCAACAGGGCGCCAACAAAGGCCCGACGCCCCAGCAGACUCCCACCGUCGCUCCACCGAAGAUCCAGUCUCCUCUGCCGAAGAUCCAGUCUCCUCCUCCGGCACAGAAUAGCGCGAAGACGCCAGAAAUAGCUUCCCCUCAGAACCAGCAAAGGAAAAACCCACCUAAACCCGCGAUGGGGAAUGGCCAAAAGCCGCCUGCUCCCUUGAAGCUAGAGCAGACGCCAGCACCAACACCCCCACCACCACAACAACAGCAGCAGCAACAACAACAAAAACAGACUCCCGCAACCGAACAGAGUUCUCAGCCUCAGGAGUUGAAGGCAACGCUCUCUUUGCUGCGCAAGCCUGGGGAGAAGACCUACACUCAACGUUGCCGUCUUUUUAUCGGGAACCUUCCAAACGACAUCACUGAACCCGAAUUCAGGAAAUUGUUCGCAAAAUAUGGGGAACCCAGUGAGAUUUUCAUCAAUCAAGGCAAAGGCUUUGGAUUCAUUCGUCUGGAAUCCCGUGCCUUGGCAGAGGUUGCGAAAGCGGAGUUGGAUGAUAUUCCAAUGAAAGGCAGACCACUCAGAGUUCGCUUUGCUACUCAUUCAGCUGCACUUUCUGUGCGUAAUCUAUCUCCAUUUGUGUCCAAUGAGCUGCUGGAGGAGGCAUUCUCUCAGUUUGGACUUGUGGAAAGGGCUAUAGUUAUUGUGGAUGACCGUGGGCGCUCAACGGGGAAAGGCAUUGUUGAGUUUUCUUCUAAGCCUGCUGCCCGCAAGGCCAUGGAUCGCAUUAGUGAUGGAGUGUUCCUUCUCACAUCGUCUCCCCGUCCAAUUGUGGUUGAAUUGUUGGAGCAGUAUGAUGACGAGGACGGUUUGCCCGAGAAGCUUGCACAGAAAAACCCCACUUAUCAAAAGGAACGGGAGCAGCCUCCUCGGUUUGCCCGUCCUGGCACCUUUGAGUUUGAAUACUCCCAGCGAUGGAAGUCCCUUGAUGAGAUGGAGAAACAACAGAGGCAGCAAGUGGAGAAAAACAUCCGUGAAGCCCGUGAGAAGCUGGAAACUGAGAUGGACGAUGCCUAUCAUGAGCAUCAAGCAAACAUGCUCAGGCAGGAUCUCCUUAGACGUCAAGAGGAACUUCGCCGCAUGGAGGAGCUGCACAGUCAGGAGAUGCAGAAACGUAAAGAGAUGCAGCUUAGGCAAGAAGAGGAACGUCGCAGGAGAGAGGAGGAGAUGAUGCGGCAGAGGGAACUCGAAGAACAGAUGAGGCGCAAACGUGAGGAAACUUACAGAAUGAACAACUUCAUGGAUAAUAGAGACAGGGAGAUGAGAAUGAACACAAGUGGAGGCAUGGGAUUGUCUGAUAUGUCAUUUGGAUCACCAACACAGAAGUUCUCGUUGACUGGAAUGAGCUUUGAAGGACACCAGGGACUAGGUGGAUCAACACAAGGGGGCCUAGCGUCCAACGAAAUGCGCAAUGAUCGUUUCCAGCAAGGUGGCUCAGGGGUUCAGAGGGGCAUGGGUGCUGGAAAUUCAGGAUUUGGCAGGGUCCGUGAGGAAUUUGAUGGACCUGCCAAGAAGCCACGCUUCUGAUCUGGCACUUUAAAAACAAAGCUUGUAUGUGGAAUUCCAGAGACUCUGAUUUAGAGUCACAAUUGAUGUAUUUAAGUUUAAAGAAUUUUCUUGCAGUUUUAGCCUGAAAACUCAACCCAUUUGUGGCAAGAUUUUUUUUCAUCAUAUUUUUAUUUUGUAUUCUUAAUAGGUUUAAUAAUAAAACAAUUGAAGUCAGAAUGAGCAUAGUGCUUCUAACAUGUAAUCCCUCUUCGUACUAGUCUUUAUCUUGUCAUGUUGCUUGUGUUAUACUGGUGAAUAUUGUAAAUUUGUUCUGAUCUUUCCAUGGCUGUGUUCUGUGCCAUUCACAUUUAAAAUACUUCAUGUACAUUUUCAAUAAAGAGUGCAGUUGGUUCUCCCAAACCCCA